AGAGUCUUGUUUACAAAGGGCUCUUGCGCAGAAUUUCUGACGCAGCUCUGGCACUUUGCCCUGAUCGGUUCGCGUUUCUAACGUAGGGGUUGCGACACCAACGGAGCAGCUGUCAGUCAAAGGACAUUUAAAUGGCAACACUGUAAAACAACACAACAUACUGUACUGUAAAUUCAAAACCGAUACAGUAUUCAUGUAUCGUACUAAUUUAGUCGGUCCUGCGUUAGGAUUUAGUGGUUAUAUACAUUUGAACUACAUACUUGUUGAAGUGUGAUAUUAUUUGUUAACUGUUGUUUUUAAGCAUACGUGAUAUUAAAAAAAAAAAAUGAUCGACGAAGAGGAAGAAUCAUUACAGAGAACCAAACGCAGGUAUGAGGAUUUCUGCAGGAACCUAAACAUGGACGAGGCCGCUAGCAGCGAAGCCUGGGGCAGCUACGAAAGGAUAAGCAAGAACUAUACCCUGGAAGGUAGUGAGCUGCACUGGCUCGCGUGUGCCUUGUAUGUUGCAUGCAGAAAGGCAGUCCCAACAGUAAGCAAGGGCACAGUUGAAGGGAACUAUGUGUCUUUAACGAGAAUCCUACGCUUCUCUGAACAGAGCUUGAUUGAGUUUUUCAGUAAGAUGAGGAAAUGGGAAGACAUGGCAGGUCUCUCCCAGGAAUUCCGUCAGCGCACUGAGAAGCUGGAGCGGGACUUCACUGUGUCUGCAGCGCUUUACAAGAAGUACCUCCCCAUAUUCCAGGAUGUGUUCCGAGAUUCCCAGGAGGAUCCGCCCAGACAGCAGCGGAGUCGGAAACAAAGGCGUCAGCCCUGCACAGUGUCUGAACUUUUUAACUUUUGCUGGAUCCUGUUUGUACAUGCUAAAGGGAACUUCCCUAUGAUCAGUGAUGACCUGGUGAACUCGUAUCAUCUCCUGCUGUGUGCACUGGAUCUGGUGUACGGGACCACUCUGCUCUGCACCAAUCGGAAGGAUCUGUUGAAUCCCAGCUUUAAAGGGCUCCCUGAAGACCUUCACAGUAAGGACUAUAAGGCUCCCUCAGAAGCGGUGUGCAUCAUUGAGCAGCUGUGUAGUCUGCAUGACGGCUUGGUGUUGGAGGCUAAAGGGAUUAAAGAGCACUUCUGGAAACCUUUCAUCAAAAAACUGUUUAAUAAAAAGAUUUUAAAAGGAAAGGAAGAAAAUCUUUCAGGAUUCUUAGAUCCAGGAAACUUUGGAGAUAGUUUCAAAGCUCUAAACCGGGCCUACGAGGAGUAUGUGCUGUCUGUGGGGAGUUUAGAUGAGAGGAUAUUCCUGGGAGAAGAGGCCAAUGAGGAGAUAGGAACCCCCAGCACGUACAGGCACUCCGCCUUGGACAUGGACCCCACGGAGCGCGGUCAGGGCAGACACAGCCUCCAGCCGCUUCUCCACAAGUCCAAGGCCCUCCGAGUCUCAACACCACUUACUGGCCGCCGAUACAUAAAGGACAGCAACAUUUCCCAAACCCCGGUUUCCACGGCAACGCAGAGCGUGGGCCGCCUACACAGCAUCCUGACAGGACUGAAACAGGGGCCCAGUGAAACCCUGCUGCAGACUCUCAGAACGUGUUCAAGAGACCCUUCUCAGUCCAUCGCUGUCAGACUGAAGGAAAUGUUUGAAGUAUUCUGCCAACAUUAUAGCACAUCUAGUGAGGAGUAUUCAGGUCUUUCAAAAGACAUUGCUGUGAAACGCUUCCGUUUGGCAGAAGUGCUUUACUAUAAAAUCCUGGAAGGGGUCAUUAAUCAAGAAAAGAAGAGGUUAGGGGACACAGACCUGUCUGGGAUCCUGGAGCAGGAUGUAUUCCACAGGUCCCUCCUCGCCUGCUGCCUUGAGAUUGUCAUCUUCUCAUACCGCCCCCCGGGAGACUUCCCCUGGGUCAUUGAAAUCUUCGACCUGCCACCAUAUCACUUCUAUAAGGUGAUCGAGGUCCUGAUCCGCACGGAGGACGGGCUCAUCAGAGAGGUGGUGAAGCACCUGAACCAGGUGGAGGAGCAGGUCCUGGAGAGCAUGGCCUGGAGACAGGACUCCCCUCUGUGGGAGAGCGUGCGCGGGGUCAAGAACAGAGUGCCAGCCUGCGAGGAGGUGAUGCCAUCCCAGCAUUUUGAGAGUCCAGAGGGACCCGGUACCACCAACUCCCCUCUGACCCCCAGCAGGGUGAAUGAGAUCCGUGCCGACUGUGCUGGGAAGGCCGCCUUCCCGUCUCCCGCGAGUCUGCACGAGCGCUACAGCUCCCCAGCAGCAGGGACUGCCCGGAGGAAGCUCUUUGUGGACGCUGACAGUAAUCCUGAUUCCGGAGGCCCGGUGAGAGUCUCCCAGCCACCCCUAGUGAACACAGUGCCAGUGCAGAGCAGGGCAGGCGACACCGUCUCCAUCACUGGGCAGACAGUGGUAACCAUGGCGACAGCUACCGUCACCGCCAACAAUGGGCAGACUGUAACAAUACCCGUACAAGGUAUAGCUAAUGAGAAUGGAGGAAUCACCUUUAUUCCUGUCCAAGUGAGUGUGAGCGCUCAGACCCUGGCCGGCACUCUCAACACGCAGCAGAUCACAGGCUCCACCCUGCAGGUGGCUGGACCGGUGGCCCUGUCUGCAGGACAGCAGCAGAAGAAAAGCCAACAGAGCCCAGCCAGCACCAAACCCAGGAGGACCGGCUCCCUGUCGCUCUUCUUCAGGAAGGUUUACCAUUUGGCAAGCGUGCGCCUGAGAGACCUGUGUGCAAAGCUGGAUAUUUCAGACCAUCUGAGGAGAAAGAUCUGGACGUGCUUCGAGUUCUCCCUCGUCCACUGUACGGAGCUCAUGGUGGACCGCCAUUUGGACCAACUGCUUAUGUGCGCUAUAUACGUCAUGACGAAGGUGACAAAGGAGGACAAGUCAUUUCAGAAUAUCAUGAAGUGCUACAGGACUCAGCCUCAGGCCAACAGCAGCGUGUACAGAAGCGUGUUGAUAAAGGGACGAAGGAGACGGAACUCUGGGAGCAGCGAUGGCAGCGUGCGUCAGAACUCCCCCAGCGGGGCCAGCAAGGACAAAACCAGUAGAGACUCGAGCCCCGUCCUCAUGCGCUCCAGCAGCACGCUGCCCGUCCCCCAGCCCAGCAGUGCCCCCCCCACGCCCACCCGCCUCACUGGAGCCAACAGCGACAUAGAGGAGGAGGAGCGAGGCGACCUCAUCCAGUUCUACAACAGCAUCUACAUCAAAGAGAUCCGCGAGUUCGCACUGCGGUACUCCCCCAAUGGCAACGUCACAGCUGGGCAGGCGGAAGUUCCUCCCCUGUCGCCCUACCCCUCUCUGCGCACUGGCUCCCCUCGGCGAGUCCUCCUGUCCCAGCACCACUCCGUCUACAUCUCUCCUCACAAGAACGGAGGCGGCCUGUCUCCCAGGGACAAGAUAUUCUACUACUUCAGCAGCAGCCCCUCCAAGAGGCUGCGAGAGAUCAACAGCAUGAUUAAAACAGGGGAGACCCCGACCAAGAAACGGGGCAUUUCAUUAGAGGACAGCAGGGAGUCUCCGGCGAAGAGGGUGUGCCAGGAGAACCACACUGCCUUGUUCCGCAGGCUGCAGGAUGUGGCCAAUGACAGAGGCUCACAGUAACUUGCUGCGGGGUGUAUCGCUGCCUCCAGGUUUGUGUGUCUGUAUAUAGACAUGCAUGAGAAGAUGCCAUGGUACCUGCUAGCUCUUGUUUGCACUGCUGUCAAGAGCUAUGAAAAGCAGUCCAGAUUUGAAUCUCUCUCUCUAUGAUAAAAUUGAAAUUCCCAUUGCAGUACCAGCAGUUAUAAUAUUCAGCCAAAUAAUAUUUGCACCACCUUUGUGAUUGCAGUAAGUUUUAUUUGGUCUGCAGUACUGACAAUGCAGUGCAGGGUAUUUUAGUAAAGUAAUAACAUUUUAGUACUGUAUUUGUUAUAUAAUAUACAUACACAAUAUCUGAAAGCAAACGCAUCCAUUUUCUAGACAUGACCAGGUUUAAGAUAGUCAAGACGCAAAAUCGUGCAAGUACAUCAGAUAUUUCACUUUUACAACAGGAUUACUGUUAAAUGUAUAUUUUUCUACUUCUAGAAGAUUUUAACUCAAUUUGGAAAACUAAGAAAAUCGCAUACGGUUACCUUAAUAUUUUUCUAGCCGUGUAGUUGUAGGUGCUCCAUAUGGCUACAUUGUUAUAAAAUACCAUUGGUAUAGCACAUUAAUGAUAUUAAAAGAACUAACUGUAUAGGGAUAAGUUACAUAAAAACAUAUAUUUUCAGACGAGAAAACAGCAACUUGUUAAUAGGGCGGAAGGAUGGUAUGGUAAAUAUAAACAAUAUAUUAAAAAUUGUACCAGAGUGCAGAAUGCGCUCUAUAUCCUGGAGGUCAUCGGUUUGAGUCCAGGCUAUUCCACUACCGACCGUGGGCGGGAGAUCCCGGGGGGGGGGUAUCCUCAGCUGACCACGCAACACCGAACCCUGUAGACUGGCCAGGCGCCUGCACGCUUGCCUGUAAGAUGCCCAGAGCUGCGUUGUCCUUAGACGCUGCAGCUUUGGGUUGACUGCAUGGCGGGCCCGCGCAGUGAAAAAAAAACGGUCAGCUAACGGCACACGCUUCGGAGGACAGCGUGUGUUCGUCUUCGCCACUCUAGAGUCAGCGCAAGGGUGGUAGUGGUGAGCUGAGCCUAAAAAUACAAUUGGACAUUUCAGAUUGGGAGAAAAAAAAAAAACCAGUUGCUGACUACUAAAUUAAAAAAAUAAUACUACAAAUAAAGAAAGAAUAUUAAAAGCACAUUACUGAACCCAAAACUUACAAUCGCAUGAACCAAAAUUCAAAAUGAGCUCAAUAUGCAGACUUUAGCAUUAACAAAAUCCGUCACUUUAUAGUGCACAGGACUUACAUUUACCAAGCUUUAAAAAAUAAAUAAAUAAAUAAUAAUUACAGGCGUUCUAGAUUUGCACUAUUUUGUAUUUAAAAUGUGCUUUGAUAUAAUCGUUGGUCCUGUAUGUCUACUUUUGCAACCAAAGUAAUACAUAUUCACACUGAAAAAAAAAAAAAAAAAAAAAUUCAAAGAUUACACAUGUAUAGAUUUGUUUAUCUCUAAGCUUUAUAUACAUGAAAGAUUAGUCUGUUUUGCUGUUUAAGCCCCCCUCCCACAUACAAAAAAAAAAUGUAUAUAUCAUAUGUAAAUAUUAAUUUAUUUAUAGUAAUUGCCGUACAAUUAAUAUUCUGUAAAAUGCCUUUGUCAAUUAUACCUAUUGUAUGUUUGUGUGAAACAGGAUUUAUUUGAGAUGCAUGUUAUAUUUUGCCAUUCAUAUUGAAAAUAGAAACAUUGGUUAUAAAAUGGUUGCAGCUUUUUGCUUUUUCUGCUUAGUACUGUACUAUGUAAAAGGAAACCUUUUCACAUUAAAAUUUAAGGGGAACCUUUUUUCUGAUCUUCCUUCAA